GUGGAAGUGGACGAGAACGGGAGGAUCGUGGAUGCCCGUUUCAAAACCUUCGGCUGUGGGUCGGCGAUCGCGUCGAGUUCGCUGGCGACGGAGUGGGUCAAAGGGAAAACGGUUGAUGAAGCGCUGAAAAUCAAGAACACGGAUAUCGCUAAAGAGCUUUGCCUUCCUCCAGUCAAACUGCACUGCUCUAUGUUGGCUGAAGACGCAAUCAAGGCUGCCUUGGCUGAUUACAAGUUGAAGCAGGAUCCAAACAAAGAAGAGUCAGAGAAGAAAGCAAACAAUGCCUAA